AUGUCUUUAAUCACCGAAGUUCACGACUCUCUUCCUUACAUCGACGCCGAGCCUUCAGCCAGCGCGCGACAAAAGGCCGCCCAGCUCAUCAAUGCUGAACUGGCCCCCGAACAUUCCUCUACUUUACAUCCGUCAAUUCCUGCCAGUCCGCAGCAAAAAUUCUCCCCUCUCUUCCAACAAGAAAUCGAUCGCAAAGCCACGGGCGCGCCAUUGACCGGCGGCAUUGACCUGACCCGAUACGAAGCCCCGGAGCCUCCAACCCGAAACUCCGACACCGAGCCCCCCAAUUUGACCGAAUGGAGGGAAACACUACGCAAGGCUUACACUUCCAGUUCGCAUCUCACCAAGCGGCAUGAGAACCUUUCACUCCUAGAGGCCCAUGGCAAAAACGCGUGGCUCAUUGGCAACUCGCAGUUGGAGGAGAUUCUACGGGUGAUGGAGAAGGAGCUGGCAGACACCAAGGGUGCGGCGGAAGAGGUCAACAGGCAGCGGAAGAUCGCACAGGAUGCCAGUGUUGGCGAGUUGACCAGUCUUGAAGAGACGUGGAAGCGCGGUGUCGGGGCGGUCUUGGAUGUGGAAUUGGCCUCGGAGGCCCUGCGCAUGCAGAUUCUGGACCAAAGGAGAUCAGCGGCGCAACAGCACGAGCGUUAG